GACAAUAGUCUUAAACCUAAAAGUCAAACAAGCCACCAAUAGUUCUUUCUUCCUUUACCUUAUACAGAGAGGUGAGUGAGAGAGUUUUACAUUGACAGUCGAAAUAAAGAAGCCAGAUUCUUGCCAUGGCAAUGUAUAUUCGUGUGAAGCGCAUGAAAGCCACUUACUUUAUCCAAUGCGAUCCGACCGAGACUGUUUUGGAUGUGAAGCAGAAACUGUUCACCCUCAUUGAGCAACCAGUUAGUAACCAGCGUCUGGUCUUAUUGUCUACUGAGGAAGUAUUAGAGGAUUCGAAAUCUCUAGCGGAGCAGAAGGUUGAGAACGAUGCAGUACUGGCUCUGACUUUGAGAAAAGACGACAACGAGUUUGAGGAUGUCGACAUUCCACAGCCUGCUGAAUUCUCAAUCUCAUGAAGAUUUUAAACUGGCUGGUAUCAGGAGAACCUUUGCUUCAACAGGAGAAAAUAUUAUAUUCAAAACGCAAAGGAGGAGCCUAUAAACCGCUUUCAAGUUGUUCCAUUCUCUCUUGCUUGUGUCAACAAAUGCCCUCUUUAGUUUGUUACAGACAGUUGGUUGUAAUUAAAGAUAUUGAGAUGUGGAACUGCAACUUGCAAGAUUACUAAUUGUUGGUGAAGUCUUUCAUGAUUAGAAGAACAAAGUGUACUUGUUGACU